AUGAUGAGUUCCCUCAGAUCCCCCAAACCAGUGAUUUUCAUCGGUGCCGCUGGCGAAAUGUGCCGGUUGGCUGUCGAGCGUUUCGCCAAGGCAAGUGAUAAUGCCCUGGUUCUCACCGAUAUCAAUCUGUCCACGCUCGAGACGACCGUCGCCAAACUCAAUCUUCCAGCUUCCCGCAUCUCUACGAAGCAGUUGGAUCUCUUUGACCGGACCGCCCUGCUCGAAGCAAUCAAGGACGCCGCACUGGUUGUGCUUGGUGCAGGGCCUUAUACGCGCACUUCGGAACCCGUACUUACCGCGUGUCUGGAAGCCAGGGUGCCUUACCUUGAUUUUGAUGACGAUGUGGAGAGCACUCAAGCCGCUCUUGCUCUCCAUGAGCGUGCAAAGGCGGAAGGCGUGCCGUGCUACAUCGGAUGCGGCACGUCCCCAGGCAUGUCCAACAUAAUGGUUCUUGAUGUCACUGCAGAGCUCGACACCGUGGACUCAAUCGACAUUUGCUGGAGUGUCAGCGACGGCAAGGGCAAAACCGGCAAGGUGGUCUUGGAACACUUGAUGCAUAUUGCUGCUGGCCCCUGCCUCACAUGGGCGAACGGCAAGCGAACAAUGAACGAAUCCUGGGUUGAAACGACUUACGCUCCAAUGCUGGGCGGGGAAGGGGAAAUGCUCCUCCACGAGACUGCUCAUCCGGAGCCAGUCACCUUCCCACGCCUCUUUCCCGACGCUCGCCGAAUCCGUUGUGUCGGUAGCCUGGAUCCUGCCCCGGUUAACGCUAUCGCCAGGGGCCUUGGCCGCGCCGUCCACCGCAAUGCCUUGGCCACGAGCGACGAUAUCGAUUUUCUGUUUCAUCUGGCCAACGACGAGACCUCCCUGGCGGGAAUUGGUGAGGCAUUUGGUGAAAUGGCUGCGCAGUUCCGCGGUGGUGACGUCACAAUCAAGGAGCUAUUUCAACUGGUCGCUCACGCGAAUCGCAAACUCAGCCCCCUGCGGUACGCUCUGUGGGGGAUGGUCGGUGAGCCAGGCAGGCUCCAUUGCCAUACUCAUAUGGCAAACAUUAGCCAUUCUGACCCUGACAUUCGAACAACUCCGGACAGAUAA